ACACAAGACACCUUCAGUAGUGAAUAUAUCGUUGAUAAGUGGACUUUAUCUUGACCUGAAGUGGGCACUAGUCACUGUGAUAGUGUCAGAGCUAGCAGUGUGUCCAUGCUGGUGACAGGAACAGCUGCACUGUCGUCCUUAUAGUGAGCUUGUAAUGGUUGAAAGUGGGAGUGAGAGCUCAGCGGACGAGUUGAAGCAGAAGUCACAGAAGUCACAGAAGUCACAGAAGAGGACACAGCCGGGGCAGCCGCAGAUCGACGACCAACUCAAGCAACAGAUUCACCAGGAGCUUGAGCAGAGGAUCCAGAAGCAGGAGGAGCAGAAGCAGAAGACCCAGGUCGGGAACGGCGGACCCAACUCCAGUCAGGACUUCGCGCACUUCGAGAAGGCCAGAAUUAUGCCCCGACCCAAACAACCCGCUCGUUCUCGCCGUGAAGAAGCUGACAAGCACAGUUAUGACGGGGACGACGAUGACUCUGGCGGCUGUGGUGACUGCCUAGCCUCCCUGAUACAGUGGCCGGUGUUCAUCGCUGCUGCCAUCAUUGUUCCAGUGUUCGGGAUCACUUUUGUCAUCAUAGGAGGGAUCAAUAUUAAUCACUGCAAGAUUGAGCCUCUGCUCCCCAUAUGGCUCAUUGUUCAGGGGAACGUGUGGGUGUACCAGGCAUGGGCCCAAUCUCCCGACUACGCUCACGACUGGUUUGAAAACGGCUGCAACAAGAGCCUAUUUAACGUAGCGUUCAUCGGCAUUAUCGUUCUCGAUGCGCUCUUCGCCAUCUCUGUCAUCGUCGGCUGCGUCGCCUUCGUUCUCCGAGGCUGCAAGUCUAAAUAGACGAAGAGAAGGAGGAACAGUUUGGGUGAAGUGAGAGAACACGUUGUACAAGAAGCCUUUUAACACAAAUUGAAGAAUUAGUCACAUGUACGACAAUUCGGUAUUUUUUAUUACGUAGACGUUUUGCUAACUAGUGACUCUGUUAGAACAGUACGGGGACAAAAGACUGAAGAUGUAGAAGAUGAGGUAAUCUGUUCCUUAGCCUAGAGUCAGUAUGCUCAGUCCAUCAAUCUUGAUAAAGAUCGACUCCAGGCUGCGGGACUGAUUACUUUGAAGUCCUCCUCAUCUUGCACCGUUCUUUUCAGUAUUGGACUGAAGAAGCCACUAGCUAGCGAAACGUUUUCAGAAUAAAGAAACCUUGUCUGUUGUUUAUAUCAUUAAUAUAAAUAGAGCCUUUAUUGGGACCACGGACGUUCUUAACUGUAUAUAAGAACAUAAGAAUGGAGGAACUCUGCAGAAGGCCUACUGGCCCAUACAAGGCAGGUACUUAUCAGAACGACCUCUACCAAAAGCUACCCAAGAAUUUACUCUCGUACCCAAUGACACCAAUCAAACCCAGCCCCUCCCACUCAUAUAUUUGCCCAAUCCCCUUUUAGAGCUACCCAAGAUCCUAGUCUCGAUCACCCUACUCGGAAGAUUGUUCCACGCAUCCACAACCCUGUUCGAAAACCAGUACUUACCUAUGUCCUUUCUAAAUCUAAGUUUAUCCAACUUAAAUCCAUUAUUUCUGGUUCUUACCUGGUUCGACACCCUCAGUACUUUACCAAUAUCACCUUUGUUUAUGCCCAUCAUCCACUUAUACACUUCAGUGAUAUCUCCCCUCAUUCUACGUCUCUGAAAGAGCCACUCAUGGCUAUAUUUUACCUAAGAAUCUUUAUCUAAGUGUCUUCAACCAUAACUUUUGACAUGUGUGAAGUUUUGACAAUGCUCAGUUAGGACCCACAUGAAGACAGAGACUCAGACGAUUAAUUGGUCUGUAUAUUUCGAUUCCCUUCUGGGAUCCUCCAGAAGGGGAUCAAAAUAUACAAAUCAAUUAAGUUCCUGAGUUAUUCAUUAUGUGGAUUAUUAUUCAGCAAUAACAAGUGUUCAUUAUAUUUCAGUUAUCGAUGCCUUGAUAAAUAUAUACCUUGAUAAGGCAUAACACAGGGCAAAACGUUGCCUCAAUAAAGGCUCAUUCUGCAAUGUAUUUCUUCUUUACCUAUGUGGAUAGUAUGCCAUUUUGACCCAGGUUGGGCAUAGUAGGACUAUCAGGACCCCAAUGAAAAUAAGUCACUUUAUCUAAUAUUUUGGGGGUAAUUUACUCUGUGUAUGAUAAAUGAACCUAUGUUCACCUGUGCUUCAAUAAACUGACUUAAUAAUGGUUGUCUACCAAGGUUCAACCUCCAGCCAGAAGCUCACAGGAAGCUGGAGGAAGAGCUGUUGGAGUGGUAUUCAGUUUAGCGGAGAUCUUAAAUGAUUAUACUGUGUAUUGAUGUCAUUAUUAUACACUCAGAGACACGAUAGGAAAUGUAAAUAGGCGUAGCAUAGAAGAUGGCCGCUUUUGGAACAGUGUAUUCAAACAGCUCUAGGGUAUAACCUUGUAAUUUUUCCCUGGAAGUUAUAUAAUUAUUUCUCUAGGGUUAUGGGUCCCCUCAUGUGCCCUACUGGUGGGCACUGCCUUCCAUGUAAAUGCCUAAAGUUUCCUUUUAGGCAAUGAAACCUUGGUAUACGACCUUAAUUCAUUCCAGGAGGUUGUUCGAGUGCCGUUCCGUUUGAGUAUCGAACAAGUUCUGCCCAACCAUUUUUCUGAUUGGUUGGUUGUUAUCACUAAUUAUUUUAGGCCCCAUGAUGACUUAUUUAUACAAAUAAUACUAAAAAAAAAACGCACCAUAAAAUGCGAACACGAAAUAGUUUACAGGGAAGUUCUGGCAGGUCGUUUUUGUUAGGUCGAGUACUGAGCUCUGCUCGAGUAGUGAGCUGGUCGUAUACCGAGGUUCCACUAUAUAUAUAUACAUAUAUAUAUAUAUAUAUAUAUAUAUAUAUAUAUAUAUAUAUAUAUAUAUAUAUAUAUAUAUAUAUAUAUAUAUAUAUAUAUAAUGUGGACCCCCGCAUAACGAUUACCUCCGAAUGUGACCACUUAUGUAAGUGUAUUUAUGUAAGUGCGUUUGUACGUGUAUGUUUGGGGGUCUGAAAUGGACUAAUCUACUUCACAAUAUUUCUUAUGGGAACAAAUUCAGUCAGUACUGGCACUUGAACAUACUUCUGGAGUGAAAAAAUAUCGUUAACCGGGGGUCCACUGUAUAUAUAUAUAUAUAUAUAUAUAUAUAUAUAUAUAUAUAUAUAUAUAUAUAUAUAUAUAUAUAUAUAUAUAUAUAUAUAUAUAUAUAUAUCAGUUUUUCUUUGGAAUAUCCAACAUUACAUUAGUUAUAUAUGCAUUGGAAUGUCAUCCAAAUUAACUACAAAUCCUUGAAUAUACACAUCCAGAAAUGCCUUAAUCUCUGGGGGUAUAUAUCUAAAAUUUAUAUAUUUUCAUGUAUCAUCAGUUUGAGCUGAAUUAUGUGCAACAUUACUUGCAAAUGUAUUGCAAAAAAAUAUUGUUAAAACAGAUGAGCUGCUGUUUUUGUUGGCCCGGGAAUAAUUGAUUAAAGAAACUGUUGUUGAUGUCGUCCGGUAAAUCCUGUUUUUGUUAGCAUAAUUACACAGAUUUUCUCUCAGUAAGACUGUAUUUGUUUACAGUAUCUUGUUGUAUUUGUUUGCUAAGAUAACAAGAGUUUGUUUGUUAUUUAGCCGCUUUGUUUUUCUCAAUGUUUUUCUUAUUAAAAAAUAUUUGUUUUUAGAUAUUCUCUUGUUUUAUCUUGUUUUAACAGGUAAGUUUUAUUUGCUAAUAAAGACAUAUAUAACUUAA